AUGCCAACGGACAAUUUUCUGAAACUGCAGCGCCUCUACUUCAAGCUGCUAGGCUUUGAUAUUUUCGCAUCACAACAAAGCUGGCAACAGCCAUACAAAGUUGUCUGCAGCAUGUUGGCGCUGGCCUUAUUCAUGCCGCUCACCAUAGUCUUUGGCAUACAGAAUAUGGACGAUGUGGACAGGCUGACAGACAUGUUGUGUUCACUAUUUGUGGACAUACUCGCCCUAUACAAAUUUGGUGUAAUCAUAAGAAUGCGCGGAAAAUUCGGGAUGCUGAUUGAAAAAUUUAAACGAAUUUUAUCGAAUGAGUGUUAUGAAGGAGACGUCUAUGCCACUAUCAUCGCUCAGGAAAAUAGGCGCGAGCAACUCAUUAGCCGAUUGUAUAGAAACUGUUUUCUCCUCGGCGGCUUUCUGGCCACACUCCUGCCUAUCGUACAUAUGCUGAGCUCGUAUUGGCAGUCGGAGAAUGUGAAACGGGAGCUGCCUUUCCCCAGCGUCUAUCCUUGGGACAACGAUUACAUACACAACUACUUGUUGUCCUAUUUCUGGAAUAUAUGUGCCGCCCUGAGCGUCGUCGUCUCUUCGGUCUGUGUGGAUACUCUCUUUUGUUCUCUAGCACACAAUCUCUGCGCGCUUUACAAAAUUGCGCAACAUAAAAUGCAGAAUGGUAACCAAACACCUAAUAAAUCUCGAGCUGAUCUUCGGAAUGUGAUUCGUCUAUAUCAGACCACACUGGAUAUGUCGCGUGAAUUGAACGAUUGCUUCAGACCGCUCAUCUGUACCCAAUUCUUUGUGGGUUCCCUUCAUCUGGGAGUCUUAAGCUUUCAAAUGUCCUCCAACUUAACAGAGCCGGAGCUUUUGUUCUUUGCCGCCUUUACAGCCUCUAUACUGGUACAAGUAUACAUCUAUUGCUACUGCGGCGAGUGCAUCAUGGAGCAGAGCAGACGCUUUAGCGAGACCAUCUAUGAGAGUCCCUGGCAUCUGUACGCAAUAGCAUCCCCGAGCAUUCGACGUUCGCUGAUCAUUUCCAUGAUGCGUUCGCAGAGAGGUAUUGUUAUUGACGGAUACUUCUUCGAGGCUAACAUGGCUACGUUUCUUUCGAUUGUCCAGAAGGCCAUGUCCUAUAUUGCGUUGCUACAAUCCUUUUCUUAA